AUGUCGCGCCCCUUGUCGGACCAGGAGCGUCGGAAACAGAUCAGCAUCCGCGGGAUCGUGGGGGUCGAGAACGUGGCCGAGCUGAAACGGGGCUUCAACCGGCACCUCCACUUCACCCUGGUCAAGGACCGCAAUGUGGCCACCCCCCGGGAUUACUACUUCGCCCUGGCCCACACCGUGCGGGACCACCUGGUGGGACGCUGGAUCCGCACCCAGCAGUACUACUAUGAGAAGGACCCCAAGAGGAUUUACUACCUCUCCCUGGAGUUUUACAUGGGGCGGACGCUGCAGAACACCAUGAUUAACCUGGGGCUGCAGAACGCCUGUGAUGAAGCUGUCUACCAGCUUGGGCUGGACAUGGAGGAGCUGGAGGAAAUCGAGGAGGAUGCAGGUCUUGGCAAUGGUGGUCUUGGCAGGCUUGCUGCCUGCUUCCUCGACUCCAUGGCCACGCUGGGGCUGGCAGCCUAUGGCUACGGCAUCCGCUACGAGUACGGCAUCUUCAACCAGAAGAUCCGGAAUGGGUGGCAGGUGGAAGAAGCUGACGACUGGCUCCGGCACGGAAACCCCUGGGAGAAGGCACGUCCCGAGUACAUGCUGCCCGUCCACUUCUACGGCCGGGUGGAACACGGGCCCACCGGUGCCAAGUGGGUCGACACCCAGGUGGUGCUGGCCCUGCCCUAUGACACCCCCGUGCCAGGGUACAUGAACAACACCGUCAACACCAUGCGCCUGUGGUCGGCUCGGGCACCCAACGACUUCAACCUGCAGGACUUCAACGUUGGUGACUACAUCCAGGCCGUGCUGGACAGGAACCUAGCGGAGAACAUAUCCCGUGUCCUCUACCCCAAUGACAACUUCUUCGAGGGGAAGGAGCUGCGGCUGAAGCAGGAGUACUUUGUGGUGGCUGCCACCCUCCAGGACAUCAUACGCCGCUUCAAAGCGUCCAAAUUCGGGAGCACGGAGAGUGUCCGAACCGUGUUUGAUUCCUUCCCCGACCAGGUGGCCAUCCAGCUGAACGACACGCACCCCGCCAUGGCCAUCCCUGAACUGAUGAGGAUUUUUGUGGAUAUCGAGAAGCUACCAUGGACCAAGGCCUGGGACAUCACCAAGCGAACCUUUGCUUACACCAACCACACGGUGCUCCCCGAAGCCCUGGAGCGCUGGCCAGUGGACCUGGUGGAGAAGCUGCUCCCCAGACACCUGCAGAUCAUCUACGAGAUCAACCAGAGGCAUCUGGAUCACAUCGCAUCCCUCUUCCCCAACGACGUGGACCGGCUGCGGAGGAUGUCCCUGAUCGAGGAGGAAGGCACCAAGAGGAUCAACAUGGCCCAUCUCUGCAUCGUCGGCUCCCACGCUGUCAAUGGCGUGGCCAAGAUCCACUCCGAGAUAGUCAAGACUCAAGUCUUCAAGGACUUUGCGGCGCUGGAGCCGGAGAAGUUUCAGAACAAGACCAACGGCAUCACCCCGCGGCGCUGGCUCCUGCUCUGCAACCCGGGGCUGGCCGAGCUCAUCGCUGAGAAAAUAGGGGAGGACUAUGUGCGGGACCUGAGCCAGCUGACAAAGCUGCACGAGUUUGUGGAUGACGACCUCUUCAUCCGGGAGGUUGCUAAAGUGAAGCAGGAGAACAAGGUGAAGUUCGCGCUGUACCUGGAGAAGGAGUACAAAGUGAAGAUCAACCCUUCCUCCAUGUUCGACGUGCACGUGAAGAGGAUCCAUGAGUACAAGCGGCAGCUGAUGAACUGCCUGCACAUCAUCACCAUGUACAACCGCAUCAAGAGGGAUCCCCUAAAGCUGUUUGUGCCAAGGACAGUGAUCAUCGGGGGCAAGGCUGCCCCAGGGUAUCACAUGGCUAAAAUGAUCAUCAAGCUCAUUAACGCUGUGGCUCACGUGGUGAACAAUGACCCCGUUGUGGGGAGCAAGCUGAAGGUCAUCUUCCUGGAGAACUACAGGGUCUCGCUGGCAGAGAAAGUGAUCCCUGCGACCGACCUGUCGGAGCAGAUCUCCACGGCAGGCACCGAGGCGUCGGGCACAGGCAACAUGAAGUUCAUGCUGAACGGGGCUCUGACCAUCGGCACCAUGGAUGGGGCCAACGUGGAAAUGGCUGAGGAGGCUGGAGAGGAAAACCUGUUCAUCUUCGGCAUGAGGGUGGAGGACGUCACGGAGCUGGACAGGGAAGGGUACAAUGCCCAGGAGUACUACAACCAGCUCCCCGAGUUGAAGCAAGCUGUUGACCAGAUCAAGGGUGGCUUCUUCUCCCCAGAGGAGCCUGACCUCUUCAAAGACGUGGUCAACAUGCUCUUCCACCAUGACCGGUUUAAAGUCUUUGCAGACUAUGAGGCUUAUGUCAAAUGCCAGGAGAAGGUCAGCGAGCUCUACCUGAACUCCAAGGCAUGGACCAGGAUGGUCAUCAGGAACAUCGCGGCCGCCGGCAAGUUCUCCAGCGACCGCACCAUCAAGGAGUACGCCCGGGACAUCUGGCACGUGGAGCCCUCUGACCUGAAGAUCCCACCACCCAACCAGCCCCGGGAUGCGGGCGAGGACAAGACCCCCAAUGGCACAGCAGCCUAG